AUGGCCAGAAUUGCAAGAAACAUUGCCAGAUCCGUUCUUUCCCGUGAACAAAUGGAUGGUGAAGGUGCUAGAGUAUAUCGCAGCAUCGGUAGCCACGCUUUACGCAACCUCGAUCCCUUUUUAAUGCUCGAUGAAUUCGAUGUUAAGGCACCUGCAGGUUUUCCCGAUCAUCCUCAUCGCGGAUUUGAAACAGUGACAUAUAUGCUGGAGGGCGAGUUUAUGCACGAAGACUUUAAAGGACACAAAGGCCGUAUUGGUCCCGGUGAUCUUCAAUGGAUGUCUGCAGCCAAGGGUAUUGUACAUGCCGAGAUCCCCGCCAACGACAGUCGAGCACACGGUCUGCAAUUGUGGGUAAACCUUGCCGCCAAGGAUAAAAUGGCCGAACCAAACUAUCAAGAAUUACCAAAGGAAAAGGUCGUCCACGUGUCGCCCGAGCCAGGUGUCGACGUGAAUGUCAUUGCGGGCGAGUCCCACGGUGCGCAGAGUCCAGUGUUGACACGCACUCCCACCAUGUUUAUCGAUGUGAAGAUGAGAAAGGGGAAGACGUUUGAACAGCAGAUUCCAACCGACUAUGCAGGAUUUAUCUACACUAUUUCUGGCUCCGCGAACUUUGGUGGCAGCAAACACAUAUCCGAGGCACAUCAUACUCUGGUACUGAGUGAGAACCAAGGCGACCAUAUCCCCGUGGAAUCCCUUUCCGAUGAUUGCCAUUUCGUCAUUAUUGCAGGAAGACCUAUCAGAGAACCCAUUGUCCAAUAUGGCCCCUUUGUCAUGAACACACAGCAAGAAAUCUACCAGGCUUUCGCCGACUAUGACCGUGGACGUAAUGGAUUCGAAGGAGCACGUGAAUGGCAGUCUUCUAUUAGAGACAAAUGGCAUUAA